CUCAGCUUCUCGAGGAGAAACUGAGAUCGCCGAUGUACAAAACCUAAAUUGGCAAAAAUUUGUGCAACCUCCUAUGUAGUCUCGUACAUGUUGCAUGCACGCAGUGGGUUUAUUUUAUAAAUUUUGGUCCAGUUGGUACCGUUCAGCGUGCAACUUUCUCUUGUCGGAUUAUAAAUGUGUGAAACAAGUGCAUAUAUCAAUGACAAAUAAGUUGACAUACAACAGGUUCGUCUCCUUUCUCGCAGCUCUUCAAUAAAACCAAUAAUACUGGUCUGAAGUCUGAACUAUGAUUUGUAGGCCGGUAAGUGUAGGCUUCCAUUGCAUCAUUAUAACUACGAAGUAAAUCCUAUAUCGCUAGAAAAUUGCAGUACAGUGUUCGUAAAAAUGAAUCGUUCUUAUUGAAAGCCAGCAACAUGGGUGCUGUGGCGACCGAAGUGGCCUUGUAAUGCCGUUACGGCGUUUGGAUGUUUCCGUCUGUAGUCCGUAAAUGUGCUUACUUUCGCACCUACCGAAAUUAAUUUGAGUUCAUUUUUUAAUUUGAAUAUAUGCAUGAUUGAUUCCUUCUUUGGAGGCUGCCUUUGUGAAAUUCAAGGCAGUGUAGCACGUAGAAAAAUCUCAUUUCAGAAACUCAACACAUUUUUUCCUAAUUCUAUCCUUUGCCUUCAAGCAGAAAGCAGAUUAACAUUCCAAUAAAUUCUCAACCAACCCACAAUACUGAACUGUUUGAACCGUCUCAACGAAAUGGACAGCUGGACAAGUUUUCAAGCAGUGAAGCCUUUAGUCAAUCCGACUUAUGCUAAUCUCGAUGAAAUUAGCCGAUGCGUUCACUUCGAUGACUUCAAGGAGGCCGUUAAAAAAGAAAUGCUGGUUCCGCAACGCGUCACCAACGGCCUAAAGAAACUGCGGUGUCGAGUAUUGUGGUUCGCUCCUUCGCAUUCAAGCUCUGAUCACAAUUUCUUUGGCAACGUCAGCUUCACCAUCAAGUGGGAGACCGUGCUACAGAAACUCGGACCAAACCUCUACUUCAUCGAUCAGGCAGUUUUUAACUCGAGAAGUUGUACUCGGGUCUUGUUAACUAGGAAAAAAUAUCACGGAAGGUUCAGGAAAGUUGAUUUAAAUUCAUUUCAUUCGCCCUUGCAAAAUUGUCGGCCUGGUUUUAUUUAUGUGUCGCACUGCAUGAACAAAGUUCGCAAUGGCCCUCACGUUCUGGAAAUCGCGAUCGAAGUUAAUGAUGCAGAUGCGAGGUGGUUUUACUUGAACUGUAGGCAGGUUGCCAACAACCAUACUGAGGCAAACCCUCACGUAGGAAAUGCUAGGACUUACGGACCAGAGUCAAUAAUUCAGGGAAAUAAAUGCUUUAAGUUCAACGCCGCUCAAAACCUCGUGUGUCCCUACCAAUGGACUGUGGCUGAGUGCGAGAAGAAGAUUGAUGCGGUAUUCCAGAGUACUGGUAGCGCUACCGAAAUAGGCCGAAAGAAAUCUGUUUCCAGAAAGAAAACUGUUUCCAGAAAGAAGUCUGUUUCCAGAAAGAAAAAUAUUUCUAAUUCAGACUCCAUAAAUUACGAUCUCAAUUCAUCUUAUAGCUAUUCAUCUCUUUCUGUUCAUACAGGAUAUGAAAGUGCAGGAGAUGAAUGGUCAGAAUAUGCAUGGCCAACAUAUGAAAGGAGUAUAUAUCCAGCUCGAGUUGCAGCUCCUCCAGAGAAGAAGAACGGAUGGGGAUGGUCCAUCCUGACUGCGGCGGCAGCAGUAGCUGGUGUUUGGUUCGUAAUCAGGAGAAUUUCCAAAUAAUCUAUAUGAUCGUAUUCACCAAUAAUUACUUUUUCAACUAUUUCAUGGUGUGGCAUUGAUUUAUUCUAUUCAAAAGUGCCCAAAGAAUAUGCUUGUUGCAUUUCAAUUCUUGUUCAAUUGACACUGAAUAAAUAUGUCAAUUAUAACUGUUUCAAUUAACUUGAGUAACUUCAUAGUAAAAUGCGUUAGAUUUUGAGUUGUAAAUGUAAUCAAAACAUCAAUAUAUAAGUUAAUGAAUAUUUAUUAGUACGACAAUAUGAAUGCUGGGAUUGCAGACAUUAUUUUCUAACGAACUGAUGCUCCUCGUUAUUUCGAAUCUGACGGAAACUUCAUAUGAUAACUGUCAGAAUCUUUUCUUGCAUGUAUAAUUGUGCAUCGAUUUGUUUUUUGCAGUGUAUGCGUAUAACAUAUUAUACACAAACAUUAUGUCUGUAACGUCGAAUUUAACAUUUUUAACAACUUAAUCUUUAAAAAUAUAUAUUCCUGCUUGAUGUGAAACUUCACCGAAGGUUACAGGCUGAAUCAUCAUCUAUGUCCCAUGCAUGUGCAUUAUAUGCGACACCUGAAUGAUUGAAUUUUAAUCUUCUUCGUUAAACUCAACCUUGAUUCAAUUUACUGGCCGCCACUUGCUAGCGACCCUUGAAGCAGCCAGUAGGGGUAACAUGGGGCA